CUGUGCGGGGCUGCCGGGACUCGUAGUACUGCGACGGGAAGAAGAUGGCGUCCCGGAUCCAUGUGGUGCUGCGGCCCGUGAAGAGUAUCGUAGUCCGCUUCUGCCCCUUCGAUUCCAACGUGGAGAGCACCAGGAAAUUUCUUCAAUGUAUAAACCAUAAAAGAAUCCAAGCUACUAACAGGAACUGUGAAGUGUCUGCAGAUGUGAGACAUGAUGGAUCUGAACCACUUGUAGAUGUUAUGUUUGCUGAUGGAGAGCGAUUGAUAAUGAAAGGAGCCAACCUGACAACAGUUGAAAUGUUAACAGCACUGGGUUCCAGAUGUAAUGCAAAGGAGCUUAAGGCAGAACAGAAAAGCAAGAAGAAUCCCUGAAGAACAGAACAACUGUGUUGCCAUUUGUUAAAACAGGAGGCUGCAAAGAGAGGUUUUCUCCAAUGCAACAAAUUCUGAGAGAGAUGGCCAAAAACUGACCAGUUUAAUGCAGAGCAGAAUCAACUGUUGAAGUUCUUCACCGUCUUCCCCAAAAGGAAAACACAGUAGAUCAACAAAUAGUGUGACAGCAGUGGACUGGAAUGGCUUAAGAUACACGAAUGCAGCAGUGUCUGUUAUCUGCAUGUUGGACUAAUGUCACAUGUAUUUGCAUAUAAAUAUGAAUACUGCACAUUGGUUAUUAAAUUAAUAAAUGCUAAAGUGAAGAUAGGUCUCUCUAGAUGUUAUUUCCAACACAUUUAAUGUAGCUGAGAAACAGCAGCCUCCAAACACAGAGACUGUAUUUGCAAGGACAUUGGCUGUACAAUUUAUACUAUGUCUGUUGCUAAGACCUUGCCAUUUUCUUCUGUGAUUCAAAAAAAUGUGUGAUAUUGGCCAAAUGUAAAUUUAGCUCAGCAAUUAAAGCAACAAAGUAAUGGGGUUGUGAACACACAGUAGCGCUACUCAUCUGGAAUAAAAAUAGCAAAAUUUAGCUGAAAGGGAAACAUAAACUAGUGUUUUUGGUAAUUGGAGAAAAGAGCUGUCUCUGAAGUUUUGUUUUGAAAUAUUUUUGUCACUUGCAUUUGGGAGAUUGCAUUAAAUAUUUCAUAAAGAUCAAAGGGAGAGCUUUAUUUGGUGUUUGUAGUCCUGUGUCCAACCCUAUUAUUUGCCUGGGUGUCUCAUCUGUAUUGCAGAGCGCUUUGGGCUUGGGAGGGCUGUUGUGUCCUCAGGCUGUGCUGGUGAAAGUGGCAACUGCACAUGUCAUUAAAGUUCGGUUCUGAAAAAGUGCA